UUCUCACACCUGCCCUAGGCAGGAAGCUGCUGCACCCACCCCCCACUACCCAUCCCCCACCCAACAGGCAGACACCAAGACGCCCGCUCUCCCCAGACAGCAGGGGGAGCCUCAGGCCCCAGCACCUCCCUCUGAGUCCUGCAGCUGUAUUUCUGAAGUCUGAUCCCUCAGAGUCUGGUGGCAGGCAAAGACUGAAGAAGAGAAAGGGUGAAGCAGAGGAAUCUAUCCAGGAGGAGAAGCCAGUUGGCCCCCUUCUGUGGUUCCCUGGCCUGCUCCUCCCUGGGGGCCUGAGUCCAAGAAACAGGACGUGCUGAUCCUGAAGACAGAGACAUGGGCCCUGCUGUGCACGCCCUCCUGCUGUCCCUUCUGCUGGGGAUCUCAGGGUCUUACCCAAGGCACUCUUCUUUCAAAGAGAAACAUCUGCAAUCUGUGUGUGGGCGACCUACAUACAGAAGCCGUAUUGUGGGUGGCCAGGAUGCUGUUGAGGGACACUGGCCUUGGCAGGUCAGCCUGCGCUUCGGCCAGACCCACAUCUGUGGAGGUUCCCUCAUCGCUGAGAAGUGGAUACUGACAGCAGCACACUGCUUACCAGCGACCUGGACUAUUUUUACAUACACUGUGUGGCUGGGAUCAAUUCAUGCAGACGAUUCAAGUCAAGGCUUGCAGUACCAUGUGUCCAAAAUCAUCAUCCACCCCAACUUCAAAGAAAGAACAGCAGACAUCGCUUUGUUGAAACUGUACUCCCGAGUCACCUUCACAUCUCUCAUCCUGCCCAUCUGCUUGCCCACUAUCAAAGAGCAUUUGACAAUUCCAGCCUCUUGCUGGGUGACUGGAUGGGGGGAAACAACAAAAACGAAUGGUACAGAUUUCUAUUCCACUCUCCAGGAAGCAGAAGUGCCCGUUAUUGACCGUCAGGCUUGUGAUCGACUCUACAACCCAGUUGGUAUCUUCCUUCCGGGUUCAGAGCCAGUCAUCAAAGAAGACAUGAUUUGUGCUGGUAAUACCGACAGUAUGAAGGACAGUUGCAAGGGUGAUUCUGGAGGGCCUCUGUCAUGUCUUAUUGACGAUGUGUGGAUCCAGAUAGGACUGGUGAGCUGGGGAGCAGGAUGUGGUCGAACUCUUCCUGGGGUCUACGCCAGUGUAAUCUACUACCAAAAAUGGAUUAAUGCCACCAUCUCAAGAGCUGAGGUUUUGCGUCCCAAGAAUCUGAACUUAACUAACUUCCUGCUCCCAACUGCACUGCUCCCUCUGACUCUCCUGGGACCCUUCCGCACCCUUUGGGCCUAAGAUGAUAUAAGGAGAGCAGGCAGUACAGCGGAGGCUGUCAGCUGAGUACAAGGCUGGGAAGGGAGUGCUCGGAGGGGCAGAGAACUCACAAAGGUCACUGGGAAUCCUGGAGGACUUCAUUAAAAUAAUUUGAAAAAAAUUUUUUUUUAACAUUCUUGACUCUGGAAGUGUGUUUUAGUGGUUGGAAUGUGAACAGCUGAGAAAUAAAGCUGCCACUUCUGUGCGUGGCCUUCUUUGUCCCUAACUAUGCAUCUAUAAAUAAUAAUAACACCUUUCAGUUGCCUACACUGUGUGUCUGUGUGUAUGACCCAAUCGGAAGUCUUAUCACUCCUUGUAAUUUUGAGGCAACUGGUACGUGUUUAUGCACACAGUUUACAUGGUACCCCCUUAUCCCCUCUAUGGAAAGUAUUUGUAGACACAAAUUAAAUGGCUUCUAGAG